AUGCCAUCUGAAAUGUUUCUGAUAGCUAUUGCUGACAUAGACCACUCCAGUUGCGCAUCCGGCACGGGUAACAAUCCUGCGCAUACCGAGUCUGCCCGAACUCUUGCCCAGUCUCUCCACCAGUCAAACAUCUCCCUCGUCUACGGCGGUGGUACUCGCGGUAUUAUGGGCGAGCUGGCACGAACGCUCGUCUCCCUCUCCGGGCCCGAGAGUGUCCAUGGCAUCAUUCCGCGACCGCUCAUCCGCAUCGACCCCAAGUACGAGCAGAACGCCAAACAAGCAGACUUGAAUUCCAACUCCGGCUCCAAGGACGCUGAGAGAGGUAUGUCCGCGGAUGAGCUGCAAAAGAUAGACUCAGGCGAGAAGGCCAGCUUGCCGCAGAAGAGUGAAUAUGGUCUUACGACUGUGGUAUCGGACAUGCAUACGCGGAAAAAGGCGAUGGCGCAGAUGGUGAUUGAAGGCGGGCCUGGCAGCGGGUUCGUGGCAUUGGCGGGUGGGUAUGGGACGAUUGAGGAAGUGAUGGAGAUGGUUACUUGGAACCAAUUGGGCAUUCAUAAGAUGCCGAUUGUGUUGGUGAAUAUUGAUGGGUACUGGGAUGGGCUAUUGCAAUGGGUCCGAAAUUCUGUGAAGGAGGGCUAUGUCGGAGAAUCAAAUGCUGGAAUUCUUGUGGAAGUUAAGAGCACUGAUGAGGUGUUGGAUGCGCUAAAGGAAUACAGGGUUGCUCAGGGUCGAUACAAUUUGGAUUGGAGUCAGGGGUAG